GUUAGUCUGUUGGUGAGGUCAGGGUACCUCCAGUGAACUGACAGGACGUUCUGAAACAACUGCCAGCCUCUCCUGGAACAUUCAGCUCGCCUGCUCUGUUUGUGUCCGUGACCAGAAUACAGAGAAGCUUCACACCAACGCAAGCAGGCAGCUGCCAUGUUGCAGCACAACAGGGCCAAAGGUUGUUUACAAGGGAAACAUGAUACUGUUGCUGUGUACACUAGUUGUCGCUGACUGUCUUUUUUUUUUUUGGUGUGGUAUCAGUUGAUCAGAUGAUUUGUAAAACAGUCAGGGCAGGACUGGUAGACAGGAUGCCUCUUACCCAACUAAUCUUGGCCUUCCUGUCUGUCUGUCUGUUCAUUCAUCAAGGUGUUUUUGAACUGUUGCCUCAAAGGCAGCGUCUCCCAUUACACAACUUCCUGCUGUAUUGCAUUGCAGCAGAGCUACAACGUCAUAGAGCAACACGUUUUGCCAAGCUACGCACAAACACGCUGGUUUUAUGGGUGUGUGGGCAGAAGUGACUCGGGAAGUUUCAAAAUGUCUCGUGUGGUAAGAACCACGGGGGAGGGGGUUGUGGGGCGAUACUUACUGAAACCGUCGACCUAAUUUGUUCUUUGUAAUUCGUUAUUGUGUGAAUUUGGCUUAAAACGGUGUAUUGUCUUACCUGCUGUUCUUGUUAUUGUUCUUGUAUGGCUGAGACACAGUUUGUGAGUCAGAGCUCUUUUCUUAGAGGCAGGAAGUGAAUACGCUGGUAAAGGAAUGUGACUUAUUGAGCAGAGUCAUUCGUAAUCAUAUAAUAGUCAUGACAUAGAAUGAUGAUACAUUAAUUCUAGUAAAGUUACAAGGUAAACUGGAGGUCAAUUGUUCUAUUCACACAUAAUAUAGUUUACAUUAGUUAUAAGUAAGUAAUUAUGACUUAAUAACUAAUUAGUUAUGACUUACAGAAAAGUAAAGUUUUCCUAAAGAAGUUUACAGAUAUGAAAUUGAGAAAUGGGAUGUGAAAUGUUUGGAAGAGCUGUACCAACUGUUCUCAAAACUGUGUGAAGGGGUGGAUGGGGGAGUAGAGGAGGACACAACAGUGAACAAAGCUGUGGGACCAAACAGAGUCCAGCUUCUGCCAAGGUGCUGAACAGAACACACAAUGGCCCAAGAGACGAACCAGAGCCCGGUGCCCAUGCUUUGUGCCACGGGCUGCGGUUUCUAUGGCAACCCAAGAACAAAUGGUAUGUGCUCCGUAUGCUAUAAGGAACACCUGACACGGCAGCAGAGCAGCGACCGGAUGAGCCCCCUCAGCCCUAUGGGCUCAGCUGCUAGUCCUACCUCAGAGGCCUCAGCCAUCCAGAGACUAGAAGCCAGUCUAGCCAAGGUUGAUGCCUCCCCUGCCUCUUCACCAGACAUGUCUAGAACUGUUCAAGGAUCUCUUCCUGUGACUCAACAAAUGACAGAGAUGAGCAUCUCGAGAGAGGACAAGCCAGAACCCCUAGAGCCUGUUGUAAGCCAGCCUGCUGCUUCUAGCCCUACUCCUGUAGCUUCUUCCAGCUGUGACGAAAGCAAAGGUGAUACUCCCAAGCCUAAGAAAAAUAGAUGCUUCAUGUGCCGCAAGAGGGUGGGCCUUACAGGAUUCGACUGUCGUUGUGGCAACCUGUUCUGUGGCAUCCACCGGUACUCCGACAAGCACAACUGUCCCUAUGACUACAAGGCCGAGGCUGCUGCCAAGAUCCGUAAAGAAAACCCCGUGGUGGUGGCUGACAAGAUCCAGAGAAUAUAGAUUUUGACAAAAUGACAGCAGUGGCGGCAUCGACGACAACACCUUUUGAAAAAGACUGGAGUAUGAGUGUGAACCUUUUGAAAUGAGCACUGGCAUGAGUGGCUAAGUGAGAAUUGAAAGGACUUGAUUUACAAAAUUACAACCUCAAGAAAAUAACGGGAAAAAAAGAAGAAAAAAAUGAAAAGAUCCUGUCUGAGGGAGAUGCAUGAAUGAUCAUUUUUCUCCUUUUUUUUUUUUUUUUUUGAUUAAUUCAUUAGUUUGUUUUAUCCUAUUUUCUGUGGUGUGACUUUGCCGCUGUUCAGUCCUCUUUUUUUAAGAAUAUGUAUUGUCUUAUUAAGAGCAGCCCAGAGUAACUGUCCAGGAUAUGCUGUGCUCCUCUCACCCAAACCAGGCGCCAUUUUGUGCCAAACUGUAGACAGCCAUUUUACCUGUCAUGUGUCAGACACCGGCAGGUCUUUCAAAGCAUUCAAACUACACAGUUAAAGUCCGCACAAGUUGUGUCCCUCAACCUUUGAACUUCUUGUUCUAUGCUCCGUUGGUACAGGAGUCAGUCAAUGUUUGGAGAACCGUACAACUGUCCCCCACUGUGCACAAGGGGCUUUGUUACCUUGUCUCUGUCUUUCCUAGCUUUACCUACCUCACAGCUGCUGUGUUAAGCUUUGUUGUCUUCCCUUUUACUUUUUUUUUUCCAUCAGCUUCAACCCCAGCAGAGCAAUGGGCCAUCUCUAUAGUCCGCCUCAGUGACCCUUUGAUCAGCAUGUCUAUGUUGACUGAUAGGUUUGAUUGUGAUGAGGCUUUUUCCAUUAAUGUUGGAGGUAUCAUGCUAGACAGGGACAAACAAAUUACUCCACGUUUCACUGAAUCUAAACACUUGCAAUAGACAUAAUGGGUAAAGGAGUUCUCAAACUGGUCUGAGCUCAGAUUGUAACCACAGACGCCUGGUGGAGGGCUGAUGGAUGUGGCCUGGGAGGAAGGAUGGCACCCCUCCCUGGCAGGUCUGGUAGGUGAAUUUAGGCUACAGUAUUGUAGGGACAUGAAUGAAUGCGAUAAAUGCAUGAAUUACUCUUCAUCUGCAGUAGUGUUUCAGAAAUAUUUGGCAUCACUCAACUAGGGUUUCAGAUAUUUUAUUUGCUGAGAGACAAUUAUCUGUUAUGUUUUAUUAGCUUUUUUUUUCUCUUCCAUUGAUAUUGUACUGGUGUUAGCGCAUGUAUUCAGUGCAUUUGUGGAAUUAGGGUAUGUGAACCAUGAUUUUCUUUUUUUUAAAAAUGCGCUAACAGAACGUUCAUGUGAGCACAGAGAGUGUGAGUGUGUGAGUGUGUGUGUGUGUAUGCGUGUGAGUGGGUGUGUUGUUCCCCAACCCUUUCGUCUGUGGAGCUACCCGGUUUAUCAGCACAUGUUUACAGAACUACAGGAGCAUGCCAGAGCUAGAUUUAUGAAAAAUAAUAGAUACCAAGAUUAGGUGUAACUUCUCAUCUGUCUAACAGCUGUUGGUCUGUGUGUCUGCUAUAGAGCACCGUAGAGAAGUGUGCGUGUGUGUAUUUGUGCGCGUGCAUGUGCACAUACCUGUGCAAAGUGUGUUUUCAUGGCUGCCUGACACAUUGAAGCCCAUGUAUGUUUGUGACUUGUGUUAACCCCCCCACCUCCCCUUUUCUCCCCUGUAAGGAUGUGUUUUUCAUUUAAGACAACUGUAUGUAUCCGUUUGAGUUUUUCCUUUCUGAUUCUUAGUUAUAUGCAAAUUUGUACAAAAAAUGAAAAAACAACAAACUGUGUUGAUAUUUAUGUAUUACAUAUAAUCUUGCUAUCCAGCAUUACGACAGAAUAGUAUCAUGUAAAUAAAACUGUACAGAGAGACAUUA